CGCUAGUCUUUCCAACCGCUUUUCUUUUCAACUACUGAGCGCCCGCUCUCUCCCGCGAACGCGGCCCGUGACACCUAAAUGCGGCUCCUACUUGCCUUCAUCCCACCAGAGCCUGAGGAUGGGGGACUUGGAAGUGCUACUGCCCGGAGAGGCCGAGGCCCUGGUGCAGGCCCUGCAGAGCUUCCCCCUGUGGGAGAUGGGAUCCCAGGGGUGGUGUCGACAGCAUGAACAGCUGGAGAAACUGAAUAUGCAGGCCAUCCUGGAUGCCUCAGCCUGCCAGGGAGAGCCCAUCCAGGAGCUGCUGGUCAGCCACAGCAAGAUCCCGACUCUUAUUGAGGAACUGAUCUCUGUGGAGAUGUGGAAGCAGAAGGUGUUUCCUGUGCUGUGCAAGCUAGAAGAUUUCAAGCCUCAUAACACCUUUCCUAUUUACAUGGUGAUACAUCAUGAAGCCUCCAUCAUCAACCUUCUGGAGACUGUCUUCUUCCACAAGGAAGUGUGUGAUUCAGCUGAGGACUACAUUUUGGAUUUGGUUGACUAUUGUCACCGAAAACUGACACUCCUGGUGGCCCAAAACAACUCUGUAGGCUACCCGGUGUCUUCUGAAGGAGACUUUGAGCUUUCACCUUUGCAGGAGCUGCAGAAGCAGGCCCAAACGAUGGAGUUUGAGAUCUCUCUGAAAGCCCUUUCCGUGCUGCGCUACAUCACGGACAAUGUGGACAGCUUGUCUCUGAGCACCAUAACCCGGAUGCUGAGCACCCACAAUCUGCCCUGUGUCUUGGUGGAGCUGCUGGAGAACAGCCCCUGGUAUCACCAGGAAGAAGGCCAGCUGAAGAGGUUUGAGGGGGGCAGGUGGCAAAUAGUGACUGCCAGGGACUUCCAGAAGCUGACCAAGGUCGACGGUCAGGUGUGGAUUGCCCUGUACAACCUGCUGCUCAGCCCGGAAUGCCAGUCCAAGUAUAACCUCACUGGCUUCAACAAGAACCAGCUCCUUAAGCUCCGGGCCUUGCUCUCUGAUGUCCUGCUGGACCAGAUACCCAACCUGGUGGAGCUACAGCGCUUCCUGAGCCACCUGGCAGUCACUGAGCCCCUCUCUCCCAAGAAGGACUUGGUGAUGGAGCAGGUCCCAGAAAUCUGGAGCCGGCUGGAGAAGAAAAAUGGGGGGAAAUGGCACGCCAUUGCAAAGUACCAGCUGAAGCACAUCUUCAGCCCCUCUGAGCAGGACCUUCGUCUGCAGGCCAGAAGAUGGGCAGAGACCUACAAACUGGAUGUGAUGGAGGCACUGAAUCCUGAGAAGCCCAAGUGUGCCUCCUGCAACGCCGAGGCCUCCAAGCGAUGCUCUCGGUGCCAGAACGAGUGGUACUGCAAGAGGGAAUGUCAGGUGAAACACUGGCAGAAGCACCGAAAAGCUUGUGAUUUAAUGGCCAAGGGGAUGGGCAGUGUGAAGGAAGAGGUCAAAGCAUAACCGCAGCUGCUGCUGGUUUCCCCUUGUGGUAUCCCAUCGUGCCAAGCCCCCACCCACCCAAGGCCCCAGAGUGCCCCACUAUGCUUGCUAUGUGCCCCUCCCUCCCACCCCCACAUCCAUUAGCAUCUGCUCAGACUGCUCCACAGGCUCCCAUCUCAGGCAGCAGCCCUGCUUGCUCUUUCCCCUGCCCGGUCUGAAUCCCUGGUAACCCAUUCGUUGUCUGCUAGCCCCGCAGCUCCCAGCUUGGGCCUCGGCUCUCGAGACAGCCCAGAAUCCAUGAGACUAGACCAGAGGAUGGGUCCUCUGACUCCUGGGAGCAGGCAGGGCGCUGCAGGCUCCUUCUUGCCCCGGGGGAGAGGGAGGGGGGAUUUUAGGGGGAGUGAGUGCUCAUAGGCGCCCAGAGAAGGGAGGGAGGGAGGGAGGACGGUUUCUGAGACUUCCCUCCGCUUUCUGAGAGUCUGUGGCAAGACAGUGCGGAUGUGGGGUACCUUCUUCCUUUCUGUAAAGCACAGUAAAUGGUUUCUUUUA